CAAAAUUCGUAAAGAUACGAGCCAGAAAUGGCCCCCGUUACCGUCUGCCUAUGCAUCAUUGUUCUGACUAGCAGUGUAUCGACGCAACACUACGAAGAUAACCCACAACACUUCGCUAGGCAGCAUGCUCGAGAUGUAAGUCGCCUAAUAUGCGUGUUGGUCGUGCGCUUAUAUUACAGCAUGAUUGGAAUUCGAGAAACGCUGUAUGCAAAGAGCAAGACAGCCUCCUUGGCCAUUGCAUCGUGCUUCUCAAUGGCUAGACAUCAGCAAAUAGGCAACGCGUUCUUGUACAAUGUAUCCUACAUAUACCCUCAACGAGUACUCAACACAUUUAUCACACGACUGAGUAUAAUAACAACCGGACAACAUACGACACCCAACGCUGUAAAUUUCAAGACCACAAGAGACGGUGCGCCUACACGUUUCAAGGUCAUGUACGUUAACCCGCAGAAGACCUGCAUCAUCUUGAUAAAGGAUCCAAGUUGUUCGAUACGAGAAUGCGUCCUGCUGCAAACAAGUUCGACUGUGGAUAGAGACCCUCCACACGACUGCCAAACAGUCUAUAAUCAUCAUUGCAGCUCAUUUCAUUGUCGAGUUUACUACCAUAGCUGCAAAUCUGUCCUUGUGACAAAAAUUGGCCAUGGUGCUUUUCGUAUGAUGGGUUCACCUGCUUUGUUGAGUAAUGCUGGAAAUAUGAUGGCUUGCAAAUAAAAAAUUACCCAUUUUAUAUGCAAUGUUAUAUUAAGUUUACUGUUGUAUUUAAAGAAUAUACUGCCUGAACGAAUAAAAAGCUACAUAAA